UUUCAUUUAUUUCCGCGUUGAUUAUCAGUGGUCAAAACUGUUUUGUUUGAUAACACAUAUCGUGUGGAAAAAAGGAUAGUCUGUUUCGACGAAAUGGUUCAAACGUCGGUCUAAAUUUCAUUUUAGGCGCUAUCAUUUCUUGUUGUUUGAGGGUUUAUGUCGUCAUUUUGCCAUUGAUGGUUAAAAAUGUUAACGAAGUCUGAUGGAAAAUUCCACCGACCUUCAAUAGAGCAAUGUCAGUGUUUCACGAAACAACCCACGAAUGAUGGUUUCUAGCCGGUUUAAUGCAGUUGGAAGCAGAUCAUUCAUAAGAACUAUUAACUAUAGAUCCUUGUACUGUUGUCAAGCAAGACUAAAACAUGAACAUGGUACAGAAUAUUUAUGAUGUGGAUUAAUGAAUGCGAGGUUGAAAACGAUGUGUUACAGCUAUACAAGAAGAAAAGAAGUCAGCAAGAGGAUUUUGCAUAACUGGAAGCUUGUUGAUGUAACCUAAUGCCACACUGUGGAACCAGGUCACAAGAUGAACCAUGGGACAAAGAUGUAUUGUGAAUGUAGUUGACUAACUGCAUGUGUAAAGUGACAUGGAUGAGACAGUAGACUCUCCAUCAGGAGAGGAACUAGCACCUGGCAAGAUGGAUGUUCUGACAGUUACUGCAACAGUCAAUGCUCUUCAUCCCCAGACAACUGCCUCUCUUAACACUGCACAGUCUAUCUUACCACAGGCAUCGUAUGUGUAUCUUGGUAGCGCAACAGGACACCAGACAACGUCCGUGGACAACAGCCAGCCUGUCGUGUACCUGAGCAGCAGUGCCAACCAGCAGAAGGUCCUCAGCACCAUCACGCCAGUCCUUGUCUUGUCAAAUAACCAUGGCAAGGGGGCUAUGGAAGCAAAUGUUAUGCUGGAAAACUCAUCCCCAGCAUUUCUGCGUCUAUCUGGUGACUUGCAGAACAUCCAGGCAAUGGCUCAGGCUAAUCUCAUUGCACAGACUCAGGAGCAUAUUGCUCAGCAACUUGGAGAGGAAGAGAUGGCUCUACAGUCAAAGGUCAAGGAUGAGGGGGAUACUUUUACCAGUCUUCAGAGCUCAUGUGAAGAUGAAGAACAAACAGGUCAUCGUCAGGGAAAAUCUAAAGCCUCAGGAGGAAAGGUGUACAUGUGUGAGACCGAAGGAUGUGGAAAGACAUUUGCCUCUGCAGGUUUCCGCAAGUUUCAUCAGACAGCACAGGGUCACUCUGUGAGUAGCAAAGCUCUACAGUGUCCAUUUGACCAGUGUGGGCGCAAGUUUGCUCGACCAGCCCACUUCAAGUAUCAUCAACUCACCCACACGGACAAUCGCCAGUAUGAGUGUGAGUUGGAAGGCUGUGGCAAAAGGUUCUUUACUGCUCAGCGGCUGAAAGUUCAUAUGCGCACCCAUACGGGAGAGAAGCCAUUUGUCUGCACUGAAUGUAACAAAUCCUUCACCACUGCAGGGAAUCUCAAAAACCACGAACGUAUACACUCAGGUGAACGUCCAUAUGCAUGUGACUAUGAAGGCUGUGUGAGAAAGUUCACAGAAUGUUCAUCCCUCAAGAAACACAAGCUGGUCCAUACAGGUGAAAAACCAUUUUCCUGCAACAUCUGCUUCAAGACAUUUUCCCAGAGUGGUAGUCGGAAGGUGCACAUGAAGAGGCAUGAGAUGGCGGCAGCUGCUACAGCCGCUGUGACGAUGAGGAGGGAGAGGAACGACAUCGCUGUCACUGUCACAUCAUCAUCCGCAUCAGCCAUUGCAGUAAAGAGAGAGAUAAAUGAGGAGGGCAUGAAGGAAGGCACGGACAACCAAAAGCUGAUCGUUAUUCAUGAGCUGGCACAACACUAUGGAGCAGAUGCACAUGAACCUGUGGUGUUGACGCAAGGUCUGACGGACCAUGUUGUGACCGUGACCACACAACCAGCUGACAGUGAUGCUGAGAAGAUACAUCUACCAGAUAACAUUCUGGAGGCACAAGGUUUACAUGGUGACCCUAUCCACACUGAGGCUCUCCAGGCUGGGGACAAAGGCAUGAAUGUGGUGGUCCUUUCACAACCACAGGAGAUAGUCAGUCUGACCUCACCUUACCACCAGCCACACAUUCCUGGGAGAGAGGAGAUCAUAUACGAAACUGACCUCCUACAUACGGACCUCGACCAUGAAGAGAUUGCUCAUUCUGAAUUCAGCCUUCAGUCCUUGACCCAGGGGUCACAGGGGUCAGGAGACAUGGGCGAUGGCAUCAUGGCUGCUGACCAAGGACUAACAGAACAUGGUGAUAUUUCCAGCUCCUCCCAAACGGGGAGGGAGAUGGCCAUGGAUCCUAUGAUGGAGUCGGAUGACGACACUGAUCAUGUGGAGGAUUUAGUGACAAAUAAACAGCAGACGGACAAGGUCUAACAUGGAGAAAUGGGGUGAUGGUGUUUUAUGUGUUAUGAUCCGAGUUUGAAUGGAGAUACAAAGUAUUACUUCAACUGUAAAUGCUCAGUAGAUAUUUCCACCUUGCCAGUUGUAGAAAUUACAGGUUUUGAUUUGUUCCCUAAGCAUCUACUUCGUUUGUCACAGUAAUCCAUGAUUUCUGAUGCUUGUCCAUUGUAAUGUCAUUGUGCUCCACAUGUCAAUAGCAAACGACAGUGGCUCUGGGAUAUUUGCCAUCAGUGUAUUUUACAAAGUAGAUUGAAUUACAUCAUGGGUGGUAAUUUCACUUGCCUCUAUUGAGUUACAGAUUAUAUGUUCAAAUGAAGUAAUUUAUUUUGGAGGUAUGAUCCUGAUCACACAGCUUGAAUGACAUUGUCAAAACUAUCCAACAUCAUGGUGUGUGUUUCAGAGCCAGUACAUUGUGUGUAGAUGGGACACAUUGUCAUGUAUGGUUCUGUUGUUACCCGUAGGUCUGAAAGCCACUGGAGGAUUCCUAUAUUGCUCUGGCAGUGAUAGACUUGAACCAUUACUUGAUUAGUAUAGAUAGUAAGCUGAAUGGUGUAUGCCUAAAGCAUAUAGACAUGACAGAGUAAUAGCAAAUGCAUCUAGAAGCUGAUUUGUGAGAGUGAAUUGUACCUAAAGAUGCAAUGUUUUUACUUUCAUUUCUACAUAAAGAUUCAGAACUAAAUGCAGCCAAGAGUUUCCAUUUAUUUAAAAAUAUUAAUUCAUGACAUAUCAGAUUUCUUCAGUAUAUUAUUUUCCGCGGUCCCAUUAAGAAGUAAAGUUAAACUUUAUAUACCGUAAUCGACGUAAUAAGCGUCCCGCUCUAAUAAGCACCCACAGCGAUAUUCGCUAAUAUAUUUGCCAGUGAACAAUCCUAAUUAGCACCCCUUCCGAUUGAUCAAUGUACACAAGACUUAUAUAUUCGCUUAAAAUACGCACUCAUCUGUUAUAUGCACACUUAAUUAUGGGCAGUUAAAUUCUGGAAAAAUAUAUCUGUCGUACAUAAACAUUUCAGGCUGUCAGCAUAAACCACGAAAUUUACCUUUUAACUCUGGAAUAAUAUUCUAAUAAGAGCUUCCUAUUUCUAAUUUUACGUCGAAUAUGGUAUGUUUUUUUUUAGUAAAACAGAAUGAAGAUUUGGCAACAUUUACCUAGUUCAGCACAAAUACUCAAAUGACUAUGGUAACCAUGAAGUCUUUGUCUUUGAGUGUGAUAGAGGUGGAAAUGAGUAUUACUGUGUAUUGUGAGUAGGUAGCAGUUUGUUGGCUGUGAUGGAAUCAGAUGUGAUAUGUUCAUAUAUGAUUGUUCAUUGUUGAUCUCAGUAACAUGGGGAAUAGUAUUACCAUAUCAGGAUUCUUCCAAAAUGAUUGGAAUUGUGGUCUGCUUAAAACAAAAAAAACAUUAAGUGACAAAAAAUUGUUUUAUUAUGAUACACACUUCGGAUCUGAAAGUUUUACAGGUCAACCAUAGGCUGAAGUAAAGGUGAAAAAAAAUGUUGGUUCUCAGGCGUUAAGGGACCGGUCAUUCAUAAUAGAGGUGGGUGUGUGGGUCAGAGGGAAUCUGACAGUCUUUAGGGGAGGGUCAUAAAAAAUAAAACACAAAUCUGAGGAGGGUCGUGAAAAAGUGGACAUUUUGUAAUAAAAUAUAAAGGGUUUUUGCGUUUUGUCUUUUCAGGAAGUGUCAUGAAAAAAAUGUACAAGGAAAUGGGGAUGGUUAUCCCAAAAUAUUACAAGCAUUAGGGGAGGGUCAUUAUUUUCAGUACAUGAGUGCGUCAAGAACUUCUAACCCACCCACCCCUGUAAUACAUGACCGAUUCCUAAAGAGAUAUUAAUGUUGAUGCUCAAUGUGAAAAUGUUGCAUCUUAUUAACAUGUGUAAAAUUAUAUGAAAUUAACAGUAUCCAUGUUGUGUUUAGUUGUAAGGUGAAUGUGUGCUUAAGUGGAUAUAUCUGAGAACCAAUGUUAGUUUUGUUUUAGUUUAACGUGUGGACACCCAUGUUGAGAAGAUGUGUUAUUCAACUGUUGUAAGAUAUGAUUGUGAUACUGACACGGUGAAUGUUGUCCCUCUGGUGCUAGUUCUGGUGUAAAAUGUUUAACUCUGUGGCAUUUGCCUGGCCAGAUACUGAAUAUGGUAUUGAUUAUGAAACAACUGAACAUCCAAGGAUGUUGGUUUCAAUUGUAUGCCAUGCAUUGUUAUUAAUGAACAUACAUAAUCAUUUCUUUAUUUGCAACCUUGGAACAAAAUUUAUAGUUGUCAGCUUAGUGUUAGGUUAUGUUAUGUCUGAAGGGUGAUAAUACAUAGGUAGUGUAAAUAUGUCCUUGAGAGGGAGAAUAACAUUAAUAAAUUUCCUUCCUUUGCAACUUUUAUUUGUCUGUUGAGACAUACCGUAUUCACUGUAAUAAGUGCCCUCAGAUAAAUCAUACACAACCAGUUAAACGAGGUCGCGCGGAUGUGAACAAACUUAGUUCAAGCAGUGCUCCAGAUAACUUUUUCAACCAUAUGAGUACAGUACUGGUCAUUAUCAGAUUUUACGAGUUCCAGACAUAUUUUUUCAAAACAAUAAAUACUGUACUGCUUGUUUCUAGGAAUGAGAAGUACUGGUGAGAAGUAUGAUAUUGUGCCGCCAUUAUUCAAAGACCUUGUGUUGUACUUUCGGAUUUGGGUGCCAAACUAAUGUAAACAUAACCGAGACGUGAGAAUUUGAGUGCGUUAUUAUUAGCCAAUCAUAUUGCAGGAUUGGGAGGAAAGCCGUUUGCUGCCAACACAAAAUGACGUAUUCCCAUUAAAGUGGAAGGUAAUGCCUGAUAUUGUAAACAGAAGAUUAACACUGUUUCAAAUAACGUUUUUGAGAUAAAAUGGUACACAUGCAUUAUUCCGGACACCAAUCUGCCAUGUGUGUUUGAUUCUACUGAUAAAGUAUUUGUAUCUACUUUGGUAAUUAAACAUUUCAUUUACAUACCAGAGCAUUUAAUUCAAGCCUUUGAGUGUGGGGGGGGGGAAGCCCCCCUCCCCCUGUUGUUUUAGCAAAGGUACAAAAAUGGUGUCCGAAAAACAUAGAAACCAUUACUAGGGAAUGAGCUUGUGCACAUCCCUUACCAAAAUGGUGGAAGGUGUCUGAUAUACUGCAUUCCUGCCUAAUUAAUAGACAAUGUAUGGUAACAAUUAAUCAUGCGAGCUAAUAGUAUUGUUUGCCUGCUUAUUUGACGCUGUUGUAAUUUGCAAUCCAUCCGUAUUUCAGUACUUUCUAUCCAUACAAUAUGCCGAUAUGGCAUCUAUCUGGAGCACUGUCAAGCAUAGAUGAAACAUAUUCGAUAAUAGUUACUGGGCAAAAGUAUAUCCCUUCUGCGCUGUUGUUGUCUGUUUUUAAAUAAAGGUCUAUAAUAUAUAAGAAAUUAGGGACUGUCUUGUAAAGUUUUAGUCUCAGUAUGGGGCACUUAUAAAAAUUAAAAAGAUUGUUCUAGAAGUUGGUCGGGGGCGUUUAUUGGAUCAGCGUAUUUAAUAAGUCAAAUAUGGUUAUACCAUAGUUGAGAUGGUCAGCAUAAUAUGGAUUUAUCAGCCUGUGUAAGUAGUAUCAAGGCUUAGUUUCAGAUAUGACCAGAAGACUUCAAUAUUUUUCUGUUUUCUUCAGCCUGCAUUUUUUUCACUUUCUCUGGGUAUUUCACACAUCAAGGGUUAGUGAUGUUUUGACAUUUUGAUUGCAGUUAAUCUUGGUGUGUCAAGUCACUCUUUUCAUUUUGCAUCUCUGUAGUACAAAAAUAACAUAAUAAGAUAACAUUAUUGUAUCAUUUGUGCUUAACCAUGAAACAUUAUGAGAACUUAUGUUAUGGCAAGCACUUUCUAUCUUUAGGACAAUUAUGUUAACAUUUUCAGCUUCUCUGAAACCACAGCACAUGUGAAACUUUGCUUGGAUGGUGCCAGCAGUUGUGUCAUUAAAACGUGCUUCAAACAGUCUGAUUUCAAUUUGGACCACUGUCAUGGCAGCCAUUUUAAAUGUUUCUGUGUUUCUAGGCUAUUCGUCUGUAACAUCAAUGGAAUAUUGCUGAAAAUGACGUACAUAAUGCACAACUACUUGCGAACUCUUUCUGUUUAGCCACAUGGCUCUGAUAUUUCAUUUUGAGCUACAGUGUAGUUUUUUGACAGUGUACCUAGCUUUUGUAUGCUGUAAGUCACCAUGGUCUCAACCUAGUCUCUCAAUUAUUUUCGGUGAAAAAGAGAUCCUGUGGCCGGCAGCUACUUGUGUAUGUACAAGAACACAGGACGAGGAAAUAUUAAGACAAGGAAGUCCCAAGCCUUCUUGACCCACAACGAAUCAAUCCAAACUUUAUACAUGUAUUUAUUUUGCAUCUGUGAGUCUGCAAAAUGGAUGUGUAAGACAGAAUGUCAACAAAGGUUAAGAUGGGCAGUUUCAAUCUACCACAUUGUGUUCUUUUUUAUUAUGUUAUUUUUCAUAUCAAUAUUAUUUAUUGUGCUCAUUUCAUAAGUUGUGUCAUAUGCAAAAUCUGUAUUUUCAAAGUUAAAUAUUCAAAUUGAUUUUUUUCUGUAAUAAUUUUAUAUAGUUAGUUUUCCCAGUGCACUUUAUAUUGCCUGUAAUAUGUUGAUGUCUGCAAAGUGAAGAUGAGUCUUUGCUUUAUGCUCCAAGUAUGUUCUGCUUAAUUUAUUUAAUUAUGAAUUUAAGAUUUCUUGAAUAAAGAUUCAUAACGUAGACCGAAAUCCAAGGUAGGAUUGUGGUGGAAUCAAGAUCUAAAGCACAUUUCCUAUUUACGGUAGAUAUUACCAUGGCAUUGUGAUAUAUAUGAUUAAUUUGAGUAAAGAAGUACUAUUUGUAGUGAAUAUCAGUGUUCAAGCACUGGAAAUAGGACUGACACUUAGGAAAGUGAAUGAUGCCCAAGGCCAAAGGCAGUGAAGCUACAAUGUAGGAACCACGCUGACAAAACAGGUAGCAUUCCUUGAUCAUGCUGAUCACAUUACCUAAGCAUGUUAUUAAGAUUUCUGCCACAAAUGAGACUUCUGCUCAAGAUCAGAUACACCAUUGAUUGUAGUCCUGUCAAUAAAAGAAACAGUGUCCUUGUUAUGAUGAAAAUGUGACGGUUUACAGUUGGUGUCCAGUCAACAGGUUUUUUUUACCUGGCCAUGUUUGCACCUCUGUAGAAUUAUGUUUAUGCCAUCAUAAAUAUUUUUUUUAUUUCUACAUAUUUUGUACAGUUUAUUUUGUAAUGUGAUUAAAUUACAUUCUAUGUAAA